GUCUAUUUUGUGUAGAAAAUUUAGUUCACCCUACCCUUAUUUCCUCCUCAUUUUUUUUCUUGGUUUCCAGCGACUCCGAGAAUGUUCGAGAAAGCAAACAGAUGCUCUAAAAUGGAGGUUCCUUCCAUAGCAAUUGAUGAUUGUAAUGAUCUCUCUUCGUCACAUUCAAUCAGGUGAGAUGUCGGCUUACAAAAACCUUGUUGCUGGGAAGUUGGGAUUAAAGGGAAAAGCUUUAGAUGUGAAAUCUAGCGGGAUAAAAAAGAAAAAGAAGCACAAGCAUCAGUAUGAUCUAGUGAAUCAAGUGACAGGUGGAAACAACACGUUGACAACAAACCAACUUGAGGAUGAUAUAGACGAUUUUAAUCUCAAUAUCUUGAAGAGAGAACAAGCAGCCAAGAAUGAGGAUCAUCUGACACCAGCAGAGAGAAGAUACCUCGAGCAGUGGGAGAAACUUAACAUCAAACGACUGGCAAAAGAAGCCACGAAGUCCCACCGCGAUAGAAUUCAAGAAUUUAAUCGAUUCCUAGCUAAUCUUACCGAGCAUUAUGACAUUCCUAAAGUUGGUCCUGGCUAAGAUGAACCAGUCUUUGGAAACUCCAUUUUUCCCUGUCGUUUUGUGCAUGCUAUGGAUUGUUUUGAGUCUUGAAUUCAAGUCAAGUUGCCUUAAGCUGUAAACUGCUGCUUGUUUCUUGGGCUCGAUGCCUUGUUAAUUUCGAUAUCUCUUGCUUCUCUGAGAA